CGCCGGGUGGUCCCCGCCGAGGGCGGCGCACCGCCGACAGACGUGGGAUGGCCUGGGACUUCUGGGGCGACCACUGCUCCUUUUCCUGGGGCUCAACAUACAGUGAGCCAUCUUCCUGCGGCCGUGCUUCCCAGGGGCUGCUCACCUCUCAUCUGGCCUCCUCGGCUUGCCAUGGAUCCACCAGCUGCAGCCACUCCUCCCGGAGUAGGAUGCAACACUGAUGGAAGAUUUGAAGGUGAAACACAAAGCUGCUAAGAAUACCCAGAGUAGGGUGCCCUCAGCCCCCCAGAGUCUGCACUCAUUCUGCGGCGAGAAAGUCAUGUGCUCGGCAAGGCCGUCCACUCCCUGUCGCGGAUGGGGGACGAGCUCUACCUGGAGCCCCUGGAAGACGGGCUCUCCCUCCGGACCGUGAACUCCUCCCGCUCGGCCUAUGCUUGCUUCCUCUUCGCCCCGCUGUUCUUCCAGCAGUACCAGGCGGCCACCUCUGGGCAAGACCCCUUGCGCUGCAAGAUCCUGAUGAAGUCCUUCCUGUCUGUCUUCCGCUCGCUGGCCUUGCUGGAGAAGACCGUGGAGAAGUGCUGCAUCUCCCUGAAUGGCAGGGCCAGCCGCCUGGUGGUCCAGCUGCACUGCAAGUAUGGGGUGAAGAAGACUCACAACCUGUCUUUCCAAGACUGUGAGUCCCUGCAGGCUGUUUUCGAUCCCGCCUUGUGCCCCCACGUGCUCCGUGCCCCAGCCAGGGUCCUGGCCGAGGCUGUUCUGCCCUUUCCCCCUACACUGGCUGAGGUGACACUGGGCAUCGGCCGUGGCCGCAGGGUCAUCCUGCGCAGCUACCAGGAGGAGGAGGCAGACAGCACUGUCAAAGCCAUGGUGACCGAACUGAGCCUCGGGGAGGAGGAUUUCCAGCAGCUGCAGGCCCAAGAAGGGGUGGCCAUUACUUUCUGCCUUAAGGAAUUCCGGGGACUCCUGAGCUUUGCAGAGUCAGCAAACUUGCCUCUCAGCAUUCACUUUGACACUCCCGGCAGGCCAGCCAUCUUCACCAUCACAGACUCUUUGCUGGAUGGCCACUUUGUCCUGGCCACCCUCUCAGAGCUGGACCCACCGUCCCAGAACUUGCACUCUCCUGAGCUCCGCAGGCCAGCGCCUCAGCUCCCUGCUCACAGCGCGCCCCCCGUGGACGACUUUGUUAAUGAUGACAUCGACUCUUACAUGAUUGCCAUGGAAACCACUCUGGGCAGUGAGGGCGCGCGGGCUCUGCCCUCCAUCGCUCCCUCAGCCGGCCUCCAGUUCCCUGGUAGCCCCGGCCCCCUCUCGGAGGCGGAGGAGGAAGACGACACCGAGCCCAGUACAGUGCCUGGGACUCCUCCGCCCAAGAAGUUCCGCUCCCUGUUCUUUGGCUCCAUCCUGGCCCCGGCGCUUUCCCCCCAGGGCCCCAGCCCAGUGCUGGCCGAAGACAGUGAGGGCGAAGGCUGAGCUGAGAAC